AUGACCGGAAAAUAUUUGGGCUUGCGGGGCAAUGCCCUUCUCCGGGCGGCCGUUUGGCUCGUCGUGUGUCCGACAUUCACUUGCUAUGGAUACAACAUGAGUGUUGCUGGAGGGUUACUCACCCUCGAGUCUUUCAAUGACCAAUUCCCUGCGAUGGAUACGAUCCAUGGUGAUGCUGCGACCAAACACAACAACUCGACAAUUCAAGGCACGGUGAUAGCCCUAUACACCGUUGGAGGUAUCUUCGGCUCAUUAUCCUGCAUCUACCUUGGCGAUCUUCUGGGCCGACGAAAAGUCAUUUUCAUUACCAACUUAAUCACAGUCAUCGGAGCCAUUCUCAUGGCUACCUCAUUCCAGUUGGCUCAAUUUAUUGUUGCAAGAUUGGUCCUCGGUCUUGGGAUUGGCGGUUAUCUUGCUACGGUUCCAGUCUGGCAAUCCGAACUCUCGCCAUCACACAAACGAGGCUCAAAUGUUGUCACCGAUGGCAUCUUUGUCGGUAUCGGCGUCACAACCGCUCUUUGGAUCGACUUUGGGUUCUAUUUCAUUAAAGGAAACUCGGUAUCCUGGCGAUUCCCUUUUGCCUUCCAAAUAGUCUUCUGCCUGGUGGCAAUGGCCUCUAUUACCUUCCUUCCCGAGUCGCCCCGGUGGCUGAUCAAAAAUGGAAGGAUCGAGGAAGCUCGGGUUGUGCUGGCGGCUUUGAUGGAUGUCGAGGAAUACUCGGAAACCAUUACAAACGAUAUUUACGAUAUUCAAACCUCUCUCGCCAAAGCCGGAUCGGGAUCCUGGCGCGAUAUGUUCACGAUGGGGGAGCAGCGAUUGUUCCACCGCGCUUACCUUGCUGCGACGGGGCAGAUGUUCCAGCAGAUGUGCGGUGUCAACUUGAUCACCUACUAUGCAUUGAACAUCUUCCAACAAUAUCUCGGUCUCGAUCCUGUUCGAGCCCGAAUCUUGGCGGCAGCCAUGGGCCUCACACAGCCGCUGGGCGGUCUGAUGGCCUUCUUCACAAUCGAUCGCCUUGGUCGUAGGCCACUGAUGCUGUGGAGUGCUGGAGCGAUGGCGGUGUGUAUGGCUGUUCUUGCCGGCACAACCUCCCAGAAAGGUAACACGGGCGCGCUGGUCGUUGCCGUGGUAUUCCUUUACCUCUUUCAAUUCAUCUUCACCCUCGGAUACUCUGGCCUUACCUUCCUCUACGCAGCAGAGAUGGCCCCCCUGCAGAUCCGAGCUGCUGUGAAUGCCGUGUCGACGGCUACGGUGUGGACUUUCAACUUUUUGCUUGCGGAGAUUACUCCUAUCGGCUUCGACACUAUCUCCUACCGUUACUACAUCAUCUUUGCUGCCACGAACGCCGCUAUUAUUCCGUGUGUCUAUUUCUUUUUCCCAGAAACGAAAGGACGUACGUUGGAAGAAAUCGAUGAAAUCUUCGCGCAAUCGAAGUCAAUCUUCGACCCUCCCCGUGUCGCUCGAUCCAUGCUCAAGGUCCAGGUCGGGCAACCGCAAAGCGAGAAAGGGGGAGAGUCCGGGGACGAGGGCCAGAGAAAAGAACAGGCAUAG